AGCGACAGGCGACCUGUCAGACGGUGGCCGAGAGGGCGAAAAUAAUGGAUGGCCGCCGCUCUGCGUUGUAAACGCCGCUGCUUCGGUCGCUUGGGGUCGUCGCUGCCUGGCUGGUUGGCGGCGGGUCGCCUGCUCAGCAUGGAGGCGGCCGCCUCGUCCUCCACGCCGGUCCCGCGGUGGCUCAGCGCUUUGCGGUUCGACAACCGGGCUCUGCGGGCUCUGCCGCUGGAUCCCAGCAAGGAGAACGUCCCUCGGACCGUGUCGGGCGCCUGCUUCUCCCGGGUGCGGCCCACGCCGGUGCGGUCCCCGCGGCUGGUGGCUUUUUCCGCCCCGGCUCUGGCUCUGCUGGGCCUGAGGGAACCGCAGACGGCGGAGGAGGAAGACGAGGCCGCGCUCUGCUUCAGCGGGAACCGCCCGCUGCCGGGAGCCGAGCCGGCUGCCCACUGCUACUGCGGCCACCAGUUCGGCAGCUUUGCCGGGCAGCUGGGCGACGGCGCGGCCAUGUACCUGGGGGAGGUGUUGAACCCGACAGGGGAGCGCUGGGAGAUCCAGCUCAAGGGCGCCGGGCUCACCCCUUUCUCCAGACAAGCAGAUGGUCGUAAAGUUUUGAGAUCGAGCAUAAGAGAAUUCCUUUGCAGUGAAGCCAUGUUUCAUCUAGGAAUACCAACCACCAGAGCAGGGACAUGUGUAACAUCGGAUUCAGAAGUUAUUCGGGAUAUAUUUUAUGAUGGAAAUCCCAAAAAAGAAAAGUGUACAAUUGUACUAAGAAUAGCACCAACAUUUAUUAGGUUUGGAUCAUUUGAAAUUUUUAAAUCUGCUGAUGAAUUGACAGGACGUAAAGGUCCAAGUGUUGGUAGAAAUGAUAUUAGAGUUCAAAUGCUUGAUUAUGUGAUCAGCACUUUCUAUCCAGAUAUUCUACAAACACACCCUGACAAUAAUGUUCAGAGGAAUGCUGCUUUCUUUCGAGAGGUAUCAAGACGGACAGCCAGGAUGGUUGCUGAAUGGCAGUGUGUUGGAUUUUGUCACGGUGUACUCAACACAGAUAAUAUGAGUGUACUUGGACUUACAAUUGACUAUGGACCUUUUGGCUUUAUGGACAGAUAUGAUCCUGAACAUAUUUGCAAUGGAUCUGAUAACACAGGACGAUAUGCUUAUAAUAAGCAACCAGAGAUUUGUAAGUGGAAUCUAACCAAAUUUGCUGAAGCCUUGGUCCCAGAACUUCCAUUGGAAAUCAGCAUGCCCAUUCUGGAGGAGGAAUACGAUGCAGAAUUUGAAAAGCAUUAUUUGCAAAUCAUGAGAAGGAAACUGGGUUUAAUUCAGCUUCAACUAGAUGAAGAUAAUAAGCUGGUCUCUGAUCUCUUGGAGACUAUGCACAUCACAGGUGCAGAUUUUACAAAUACUUUCCGCUUGUUUAACUCAUUCCCUCUGGAUUUUGAUCCUUUAAACCUAGAAGAGUUUCUGGAUCAGAUCUCAAAGCAAUGUGCAUCUUUGGAAGAACUGAAAGUUGCCUAUAAGCCUCAGAUGGAUCCCAGACAACUUUCCAUGAUGCUGAUGUUAGCACAGUCUAACCCACAACUCUUUGCCUUAAUUGGAAUAAAGUCUAAUAUCAAUCAGGAAUUGGAACGAAUAGAACAGUUCUCUAAACUGCAGCAAUUAACAACCUCCGAUUUAGUCAAUAGAAAUAAAAAAACCUGGAAAAAUUGGCUGCAGAAUUACAGAGUUAGGCUGGAAAAAGAAAUAGAACACAUUAGCAAUACUGACACGUGGCACGAUGAGCGCCUGAAAAUUAUGAAUGCCAGCAAUCCAAAAUAUAUAUUGAGGAACUACAUUGCACAAAAGGCUAUUGAAGCAGCAGAAAAUGGUGAUUUUCUAGAGGUGAGAAGAGUCUUGAAACUCCUAGAAAGUCCCUAUGAAGAUUCAGAAUGCUUCCUAGAGGUCUCUGAGGAGAGGGAGGAGGAAGAAAGUGUGAUGGCAGCUGCUUCUGCUGUUGCUACCUGCAGCUCAGGAACCCAGGAAAAAAUUCCAUACAGCAGCAAGCCUCCACUUUGGGCAUCGGAGCUCUGUGUGACCUGAUCUUCGUAACUGCCUUGCUAAAGUUUUCCCCAAAGAGGUUGCAAAGCUUUUGGGAGUGGAAAGAGUAGCAAGGUGCUGUAGAAGUGCUAUUCAGUCUGAACAGACCAUUUGGGUGUUUUCCUGUCUCACCCAAGCCACAUUUAUUUUAUCAGAUGUGACAAUCAAUUCUCCGGGCACCCACUUAAUAUCAUAUGCCGGGUAACUCGGUAGGUUGAAGUUUGAUCUUCUUUCUUGAGCAGGAAAUGCUAUUACAUUUUUACGCACACUAGCUGGUGAACAUCCAAAUGAAUCUGUGUUUUUGAAGACAAAAAUAUAAAGCCAGAUGCUGGAUGUAUUUUUGUCUGAAAAUGAACUACUAGUACUUCAGAGCUAUGUUUUUAAUUUUUAGUUAAUGCAGGGAUAUUUUGAUUUUUUCAUUGGGAAGCAAGAUGCUUUUAUUUUGAAAAUGUGUUCCACUUAAGCAGAUUGUUCAUUUAUUGUGACUUAAUCAUGAAAAUAUUAUCACAAAUUCUGUUUUUCUUGUUGGUUCAAGGCUGUAUCCUGCUUUCUACAUGCAGUCACUGAAUGAGGAAUAUAUAAACACUUUACUCCAGAGGUGGGUUGCUCCUGGUUUGGCCCAGAUUGGGCGAACCGGUAGUGGCAGCAGCGGGAGGUUCCGCCCACCCGCCUGGACGCUUCUGCACUUGUGCAGAAGCAUCGCAUACAUAUGCAUGAGCACAAACUGGUAGCGCCAGGAUUUGCAACCCACCUCUGCUUUACUCCCCCCCCACAAUAGAUUUUCAAAGUUAAUGGCACCAAUUACUUGUUGAAUAGAUGAACAAACUGAAUUUAGCUUUGUUACUCCUUAAGGGUAGCAAAGAGUCCUUGAGGGGUGAUUCAUUAGCCUCCUAACUUAAGGAAUAUAGCCUCAGAGUGACAUCUUUAAACUAUAUUGCUGUAGUAGAUAAAAAUAUAAAUUACUGAUUUUGAACAAAUCCCCCGCAUUCCAAUGUUGCAUUUUGUAUAGGUUGCGUAUUUUUUGUGUUUCAAAUUUGCUACCUCAGGAGAGUUUUCCAUUUUUCCACUUUUUGCUAUUUGAAGUGUAUUGUCGAGUUAUAUUUUGAUUGCAUUUGACUAUAACAUUCAGCACAUAUUUCAAUUGAAGAUCGUUCAAUGAAGUAACUGGAUGAAAGCAUCUCUUAACUGAAGAAUGUGUGUCUCAGUGGGUGGGUGGGUAGGUGGCAAUCAGAAGACAUUUUGUCAUCUUUGCAUUGAUUGGUGCUGGGAUGUGAUGAAUAUCAAAGAUAUGCUCUUUUUGCAUUAAUAAUGAAUUCUUGCUUCUGUUGAUAAGUUGACAAAUAGUAGAUAAAUUCUGAAAAAUAAAAAUCUAGAUUACAGGUGGUCCUUGGAGCCUGCCUAUUAGGGUUAUAAAUUGUGACAGUUGUAAAACGGGUCAGUCCCAGGACCAACCUGAUUUUACUAUCUUUCUACAGUCAUUAAGCAAACACCAGUUGGUAAGCAAAAGCCAUGGUUUCUAAGCAAGCCCCUUGUUCAUUAUGGCAUGGUUUUGCUGAAAUCCAGAAACACCAGUUUG